AAACAUUGGUGUUUGAGGCUUGACUUUGACAUUACACCUUCGCUUAUCGCCUAGUGAGUUGUGAUAAUCUUAAAAUGUGUAGUGAACUAAUGGGAUGUUGUGUGGUGAGCUAGGUGGGCACAUCUACCCUCAUCUUAACAUAACUGCUACUAGAAAUCCAUACUUUUCCUUACUGACAUAUUUUGGAAUGGCAAACAUUGCUGCAGAAGAAGAUAUAUACCUCGAAAAUGGACUAAUGAGCUAUGAAAAUCCUAACUAUCAUCUUCCAAGACUUGAUGAUGCUCUAAAUUCAAAUACUGAGCUAUCAACAUAUAGAGAUUUGCUAUAUUCUGAACUAGAGGCCAUUUGCAGACCUCCAGUUACUUCAAAUAGUCGAAAGGCAUACGCAGCACUUGAUAUUGGAUCAAUGGGUGUAGAUCUUAAUACUGGUCCAAUAACUAACUUGGACACUGACAAUAUUCACCAUAGAAAUAGUAGUCCAGUCAUUUUGGACAAUAAUAUUGGAGGAAAUGUCAAUCGAGGCAAAUUCAGGCCCCUAGAUCUUACUUCAACACUCAGUUCAGCUAAACCCGAUUUGAUAGAACAUAGCAAUGUAAUCAUUAACAGGAACUGUGACAUAACCUUACCCAAUAUAUCAGGAUAUGAUGAUGAAAAAGAGGAGUACAAUGUUGAAAGAUCUACUUUAACUUAUUCAAAUUCUGACAAAUUACCUCCUGGUUGGGAGCAACACCAAGAUAAUGAUGGGCCUUAUUACUGGCACAUCAAAAGUGGAACAAUUCAAAGAAAUGCGCCUGAAAUAAUCAGUGGAAUUAAUGAACCUCGUACACCUCUUGUGAGAGAUGCAGAAACUUUUUUAUCCAGUUAUCAUCAAAAUGGAGGUUUGGGUGUGGUUACAAGAAGCAAUACAAGCUCUGCAUUGGAAGAAGAAUGCAAAAAAAGAGAAGAUAAAAAAGAAGACAUUUCUUUAAAAAGACGAAGUUAUCCUGCUCGGAAUGAAAAGGACAAAGAAAAACCAAUAAGAUUUGCUGUUAGAAGUUUAGGUUGGGUGGAUAUAUCAGAGAUAGAUUUAACUCCAGAACGAUCCAGUAAAGCUGUUAAUCGUUGCAUUGUUGAGCUAUCCUUUGGAAAAAAUGGGCUCAUUGAUAAUGUAGGAAGAUGGGGUGAUGGGAAAGAUCUGUUUAUGGAUUUAGAUGAAGGAGCUUUGAAGUUGAUAGAUCCUGAAAAUCUUACUGUGCUUAAUACUCAACCAAUUCAUACAAUACGUGUUUGGGGUGUUGGCCGAGAUAAUGGAAGAGAUUUUGCCUAUGUCGCCCGUGAUAGAGUUACCCGUAAACACAUGUGCCAUGUGUUCCGUUGUGACAUUCCUGCAAGGACUAUUGCCAACACUCUUAGAGACAUUUGUAAAAAAAUUAUGAUUGAACGAAGUUUACAACAAAAUUUAGCUAAACCUAUUGACAUUAAUGGCACUGUUUCAAGCAAACAGACAUCAGCAGUUCGGCCGACCAACUUGCCAACUGAGUAUAAGCAUUUUCACAGAAGUCCUCAAGGUCAAUUUACUCAAUCAUUCCCUACACCAAUGGAGGAACCAAAAAAAGUGUUGGUGGCCCAGUAUUUAGGAAAUAUUGAAGUUUCAAAGGCAAGCGGCAUUGAUGUACUUAAUGAUGCUAUUGAUCUACUCGUAAAUACAGUUCCUAAAUCACAGUGGCAAACAGUAAAUAUUGCAGUUGCACCCAGUAUGAUUACUAUUAGCAAUUCAGAUAGUCAGGAUAACAAACCUUUGGUAGAAUGCAGAGUACGAUAUUUGUCAUUUCUUGGAAUAGGGCAUAAUGUAAAGCAAUGUGCUUUUAUAAUGCAUACUGCACAAGAUCUAUUUAUUGCACAUGUUUUUCACUGUGAGCCAUCCUCGGGUGCUUUAUGCAAAACAGUUGAAGCUGCUUGUAAGUUAAGGUAUCAGAAAUGUCUUGAUGCACAUCCACAGAAUUUGCUCACUACUGAUUCUAAAUCUCCAACCAAAAGCAUUAGUGCAACAUUGAAGUCAUUCGUCGGAUCUUGGACAGGCAGAAAAGUGAAAAAAUCCUGAGAUAAACAUUUAUCUCUGCAGGACUUGAAUAUACCUGUAGAGAGAGAAGUAAUUAAACACCGCCAUUUGCAAAGUCCUUUGAUGACUUCAACCAGCCUGCAGUCACUCUUGUCUCCUACAUUGACAUACCGCAGAGAACAUACAGACUUUUAAUGUUUAACUUGAAUAUUAUAAAAGCAAAAGUUUAACGUUCUUGGUGUUAAUAUUUGUCAGUUUUUUUUUUUUUUUUCUAGAACAUCAACUAUCAUCAAUAUUAAAAAAUAUUUAAUUUUAUUCAACCAAGACUAAUUAUGUAUUUAUUUAUUUAAGAAAAUCUUUAUUAUUUUUUGUUUAUUUUCUUUACCAGGCGUUGAUGAAAAGUGUGCUCUUUAUUCUCAUCCGUGUAUAUAAGGAUAAAUAAAUAGGGUAUACCGAUACAAGGCUAAUUUGGAGCACAAAUUUCAAUAAGUAUUUUUCUUUAUCAAUUUAUAUUUUUGCACAGAUUCAUGAAGCUGUAUGAAAUAAUUGAUUAGUUAACAGUGUAUAGUAGGAAUUAGUUUGGUGAUAUUCUGGCUUUUAAACUUAAGCCAAAUUCAAAUUUGAAAAUGUAAUCAGCAAACCAAUAUUUAAAGAAUUUAUGGAAAAUUAUGUGAUACUUUGUAAAUAAUUUUAUCUUUGCCCUUAUUAAAGUUUAUGGAUACUUCUAUAAUUUUCAAAUACCAUAGAUUAAAUGAAAGUAAACCUGUUUGAUGCUACAUAUUUUAGUGUCAUUAUUAAUUAACCAAAUAUUCAGUGAUAGAUAACACUGUACUUGAAAUAAUUAGAUCAAAUAAUAAAAUAAUACUUUUAUUAUUUUAUAUUUUAUUUUGUUAUUAAUUUUAUGAACAAGAAUGUGUGUGUGUGAGUGUGUGUGCAUAUGUGAGCUUGUUUGCAAUAUGUACGUAGUACACUUUGUUACUAAAGCAUCUUUACAAAUCUCAUAUUUUUAUUUGCCCUGACAAAUCCAGUAGAUAUUUCUGUUUUAAUAGUAUUAUUUAAUUAUUGUGAUGAUUAAUAAAUGCUGAAUGCUUUCUUUUGUAAUGUCAAAAUAUGAACAUUAGUAUAAUGGAAAUCAAUAAAACCCUUAUGUUUCUGAUUGAAAUAGUUUUAUUAUGUAAAUGAUUAAUAAAAUGUUGCUUUAAA